AAUUCAAUACAUAUAAAUGUUGAGCGAUGUAUGCACACACAUACUAACAUUCGAAUGCAUACAUAUGCAUAGGGACAUAUGGCAACGUAUGAAUUUGUUGUGGCCACUAUACGAAGAAUCCAAUUGGAUUCAUCUGUCAAAGUUCAAAAUAAAUUGUGUCUACUAUAUACGGAUGAUGUGUGUACUCAAACACACAGCGAAUGACAUGUAAAUGUAGGAAAGCGAAUCAUAAGACGUAUUUCAACAGUCAUUCGUAAAGUAGUGUUUAAGAAAGAUGGCGAACGUAUAUUGUGUUUUCAUCAAAUUCUGCGUAUUUUGUUUAAUUUUUGUAGAAUUUACCCAAUCAAAUGAAAUCAAUAGAGACCAACGAUACCAAUACAGCAUAGAAAAUUCGGAUAGUCAAAAACACUUAGCUAAUGUGGAAUUCCGAUCAUUUCGUGUGAAACGCGAUACAGACUCGCCUGCAUUGCCUGUAACUAGUAGUUCGUCGUCGGCGGUGGCAUCAUUGACGUCAACACCAACUUCUUUGACGACCUCUGAUAAGACGAAAACUGAAACCCCAACGCCACAGAGCACGCAACAACAUUUGCUCGGUGUAGAUGGGGCCGGCCAACGGAAAUACUAUCCAAAUGAUACGAAAAUGGCAUCUGAACCGGCAUCAGUGUUGACAGCAGCUGCAGGAACAGCUUCAGAUAACAAAGGUCCAAUGAUGAACAAAAGUCUGGGCACUGUACAACAGUCGUCAACGUCGACUACAAAGGCAAUCGAUACCGAGGCAACCGACUCCGAUGAUAUUGAAAAGUUAAUUGGCAGUAUUGAUGAGCCGGAAGAGGCAAUCAAUAAAACAAUUACCGAUGAACUAACGAACUCGACCAAGAAAGUCGAUUAUUUCCAAUACUACAACAGCACCAUGGUGGUAAAUAAGAACAAAUCUGAUGAAUAUUGGUCCGCGAAAAAGGAUUACAUAAUCAGCAGCAUUCUAUCUAAAUCACAUCGAAGAGCCAUUACGGUGCAAUUGAAAUUCGAUUUUCCAUUUUACGGACAUAUGGUUCGCAAUGUCACUGUGGCCACCGGUGGAUUCCUCUACACUGGAGAAUAUGUGCACUCAUGGCUCGCAGCUACGCAGUAUAUCGCACCACUUAUGGCAAACUUUGAUACGAGCAUGUCUAACGUAUCAACGGUGAAGUACAGCGAUAAUGGAACUGCAUUCACUGUGAUAUGGGAAAAAGUACCAUUGCAAGAUGGAACCCCAUCAAAGUCGCCAUUAUUUACAUUCAGUGUGACCCUGCACAACACCGGUGACAUCACAUUUGCAUACAAAGAGAUACCGAUUGCCAUUGAAAACAUCAAAGAUGAGAAGCAUCCCGUAAAAAUUGGCCUAUCCGAUGCUUACAUCAUCGAUAAAACCAUUUAUUUCGCUCGUCGCAAAACAAUUUAUGAAUAUCAUCGGGUCAAUUUCAACGGACAAGACAUCGCAAACGACACGGUCAUCUAUCUAAAAGCGCUACCCACUUGCCUGGAACACACAGAUUGUGUCAGCUGCUUAGACGCUAAACUCGAAACAUUCAAUUGUACGUGGUGUCCGAGCUUGAAUCGGUGCUCGACUGGAACGGACCGCAAACGGCAACAAUGGAUUCAAAGUGGCUGCGAACGAUCGCAAUUGAAAGAUUCGAAAAUAUGUCCAGCACUUGGCACCAAAGGUAAUAAUUACUCGUCACAGCAGACGGUGACGUCAUCACCAUCGUCAUCGGCAACGAACCGAGAAAACGAGCAACAGAAUUUGAGCAACGCCGCCACCUCCGCCGCCACUGAUGCAAAUGAAAACAGAACAUCAACCGAUGUGAAGAAAGCAGCUCCACACAUCAGCAGCAGCAACAACAAUGAACCCAAACACAACCAUGCCAGUUUUGCACUUGGCAUUUUGUUACCAAUCAUCGUGGUUGCCAGUCUUGUCAUGUGGGUGUUCUAUGCAUAUCGCAACCCACACACAAAGAGCGGUCAGCUUCUAAUACAGUACCGUCCAAGCCAAUGGUCAUGGCGAAGGGGAGAAGCGCGUUACACAGCAGCUACGAUUCAUAUGUAACGCCGUAGAUCAUCGUAAAAAUCUGCACAAAAAAGAUUCUAACGAACAAAAAAAAUCACCACCACUCACUAAUAUUUUCUAAACAAAACAAAAAACAAGACAGCAACUACAGAGUCACACAGUAAAAAACACUAAUUUUUUUACGAUUUAGAUAAACAAAACAAAUGAAUUUGCUUUUUCCCUUCUUCGAAUUUUGAAUCAUCAUUUGCAACAGCGGCAAAAGGAGCAGCAGCCGCAAUAAGAACAUCAACACUUUUUACGAUGACAAGAAAAGACGCGACUUUUACCGUAUCAGCAAUAAAUUAUUGUGUUAUUUUUUUUGUAUUAUCAUUUGUUAUUUAUUCCAAAGAAACUGUCGGAAAUGUGCGCAAAAGUGACAAUUUUUUUUAUUUUUUUUUACGAAAUGAAAUAAAAGCAGAUAUUUUUUGUUUGUCUUUCAAAUUGAGGAAUCACGAAAAAUUAAGCAGGCAAUUUAUGUAAAAAAAAUUUAUAAAAUAGUUCGAGUUUUAAGUUUUUGUAUGUAUUGGAAAUGGCUUGGAAAUAAAAGAGCCAUGUAAAAAAAAUACUAUCACAUUUUGUGCAAAAGUGCAAUUUUUCGGAAUGGAUUGAAAGCAACCGACCGUCGAAGUCGUUGAAAAGAUAUUUUUUUUAUUAAAAACUUGGCUUAUGCCAUCGAUUUUUUUUUGAUUUACCAAUAUUUCGUCCUUUUACAAAUUGAAACAAGUUUUUUUUUCUGUUUUGUGCUAUUUUUGAAAAAAUUACUCUCAGCAGCGGAAGCUUUUAUGAUUCUGACAGAGAUGAGUUAGUGUGACUAAGGAUAAAUUUGAUAAUUUUUUUUUCAUCGAUGAUAAUCACUAACUAGUUGAAAUUGAGUGUGCGAUUCAAAAGGGACCUAUGAGAAAUAUAUAUCUUAUUAUUAAUAGGAACCAGUCAACUUACCAAAUAUUAUCAUUUUAAUUAAGACAUGAAUAACUAAUCGACUCUCUCACCCUCUCUAAAUCUGUCUAUCUAUCUCUCAACGAUUGGGUUUGCUUCGUUCACUUGAUCACUUCACAGGUAAAACAUUUUGGACUUCAGGGCACUGCGCAACGUGAAAUUUUUGUAAUUUGUAUUAUUUAAACUAUGUUAAUAAUAAAAUGUUAAGUAGAAAACAAAAUAAAA